GGCUGCUCCCUCUGCUUUCACCUCGUGAGCACUGAGCUCCGUUGUUGUCUGUUAUCUGCUUUCGUUAGAGUAGCGUUGCCAUGCCUUGGCAUUCUGAACUAGUUCAGGGCCUUGUAAUUCAUCGAUGUAAACUUCGCUUAGCUGUCUGUAUCGUGAGUCUGAGCAGUUUGUGAUUAGAAUCGUGGCUUUAAUGAAAGGAAAGGCUAUGUAGGCCCACCUGGACAUUACGAGAGGUGCAGAAGCAGUGACGAUAUACUUAGCCCUAUUGUUCUACAUAGCCGACUUGAGCCACAGGCAAGAAGAUGGCUGACGAUGAAAAUAGGCACCUUGCUGCGCCAGAAGACUAUGACGCCCUCGAGCCUGUUGAUGAAGAUUCGUAUGAUGAGGAAUCCCAAGAGGGCACUACAGAUGCAGAGAUGACAGGAGAAGCCCCUUCAGCUGACUUCGACCCUGCACUUCCCACUCAGCAUUCUUAUUUGGGAGACUCUGGAGAGGAAGUGAGAGGGCGAGUGGUUCUGGAGGAGAAGAUUUGGAUUGAAUUGCCAUUGGUAUCAGAUCAUGAUAUCGUGUUGAUGCCUGGUCAGACGAUCCCCCUCACUGCCUUUCAACCUUCAACCAUCUCCAUGCUCAGAAACCUCAUCACCAAAGACAAGACUUUUGGUGUUAGGUACAGCCCUGAAGCAAAGUAUGGUACUACAGCAGAGAUCUAUGAAUAUCAUGAUGAGCCUCAGUUUGGGAUGAUGUUCUCGGUGAAAGCAAAAGGCAGGCAGAGAUUUAGGGUGCUGGAAACUCGACGAACCAUUGACAGGGUGGAGAUGGGGAAAUUGGAGAUACUGGAAGAACGGAUUCUCCCUGAUCCACUGGAGGCAAUGCGACUAUCAUCUCUGGACCGGUUUGGGCCAGCACUGUCACAUCGGGUCCCCCUCACCCCUCAUCCCCCUUGGCUUUACAACCUAUAUGAUCCAGAGACUGUGAUGAAACAAGUGAAAAAGGCAUUGAUGAAAAACAUGCAAUUUCAAGGACAAUGCAAAACUCUUGGUGCUAUGUCAGCCUUCAUUCCCAAGGAUCCUGUGAAGCUGUCAUAUUGGGUUGCCCAGAAUCUCCCAUUGGAGAAUGCAAAGAAGGUCUUCCUUCUUGAACUGAACUCAGCCGUACAGCGCCUGCGAUAUGAACUUAGCUUCCUUGAGCGGAGCAAGUUCCUCUUGUGCCGAACAUGUGGUCUCCAGUUGGCCAACUAUCAAGACAUCUUCCCCAUGUCCUUGGAGGGUCCCCAAGGAACUUAUGUUAACCCAGGUGGUCACAUCCAUGAGACUCUCACCUUCUACAAGGUCAUCUCUAAGCUUCGUCUGCGUGGGAGACCUUCAAAGGAACACUCCUGGUUCCCUGGGUACGCUUGGACGAUUGCUGAAUGCCCCACUUGUCAGUGCCACCUGGGCUGGAAAUUCACAGCCAUGAGUCGAGGUCUUAAGCCAAAAGAAUUCUGGGGCCUGUGUCCUCGUUCUUUGCUCCUCUCCCUCCAUGGUGUAAUGGAAGAGGAAUUCCGACCCACUGUCUGAACUCCCUUCUUCCUCCAGGACCAUCUGAGACAGUGGGAAAUAAUGAGGAUGAAACAUGAAUGAGCAAAAAGUGUCCCAGUAUUAAUUUUGAAAUCCUUUCUGAUGGGUGUAUCUCCUGUGGGUGUACACUUUUUUCUAUUUUCUAGAACCAAAAGUUUCCUGCUUGAAGUCAGCUUUUUUCAGAACUUGGUUUUGUUUGAGAUUCAUUUGAAUCUCUUAUUAUAUUGAUUAUAAUUCAUACAGCUUUUCCAUGCAUGUGAUAAUCAGUCCC